UCUCUCUGUAGUGUUCUUAAAUUAAUUAGAAAAAUGUAAAUAUAGUGUGAAUAUUUUAUGCAAAAUUAAUCUUGAUACCUGAUUUGUUGGCUAUUUCUGUCCUUUUAAUCCAAGACCUGCAAAUCUACAUGCAUUAUCUUAUCUUUGCAGAUACUAUCCGACCUCAUCUCUUUAUACCAUCUCUAGUUCUCUGUCCUCCUAUCAGAGCCGCACCGUCGAGUGCUACAUACAUAUCACACUCCCUCUCCAAUCUCUCUGUAGGUUUGUGCCUCUACAUCCUGUCCCGCUAAAGUUUCGUAGUACACACUUCACAGUACAAUUCCAAGAGAAGAGUAAAAAAUGAAGGUUUACUCAAAGAUUAGAAAUGCUAGCUUCCCAAAGUCGAGGUCCGUUGAUUUCUCCGACCUCGACUCUCCUCUUCAAACACCCAAAUUCAUUUCAAACAACUCUAAAAACCAAGAGAUGGCACAAAACCAAAUCAGCAGAACCCUGACCCAUGUCUCGUUUCCUGUGCAAGAAGUGCAUGAAGAUGGUUCGGGAGAGAUAUUUGGGGUGAUUUUGAGCAGAACCUGUUCUGUUUCAUCUGCUUCUUCCAAGGCGGUAAGGGCUGAGAAAUUACAAAAGGAUUCGUCGUUGGAGAGGGCAGUGAGGAGGGCAUUAUCAAUGAGUAGGUCGACUUCGGUUUCAGAGGGUUAUCGUAGGAUGCACCAUCAAUGUGAUCCACUCGUUGAUGACGAUUCGAGCGCAACGCAUGCAAGAAGAUCAAAGAACAAGAGAUCAGCUUUGUCAGAGACCGAGAACACUCCCCAGUUCCAAUAUUAUUAUAUGGCAGUUCUAGAUUUCUUUGAUGGUGAAGUUUCAAAGGUCAGUGUUAGUUCUUUUGAAUGCAUACCUCAUCGCUGGGUAAAGUACUAGCACCGGUUAUGGUAAUGUCUUGCUUCUUUCCAGUUCCCUUGUCAACAGCAGUGACAGAAAGGAUACCAUUUGCAUCAAUAUCGAAUUUCACCUCAAUUUGAGGAACUCCACGCGGGGCAGGUGGGAUGCCAUCUAAGCGAAAACUUCCUAGGGAUUUGUUGUCCCUCACAAGCUCUCUCUCACCCUGACAGACAUUGAUCUCUACACUGGUCUGUCCAUCUGCUGCUGUGGAGAACACCUCUGAUUUGGAAGUUGGUAAAGUUGUGUUCCGUGGGAUAAUCUUUGUCAUUACACCACCCAAAGUUUCGAGGCCGAGAGACAAAGGUGUGACAUCCAAGAGCACAAUGUCACUGACUUCUCCAGCUAAAACACCAGCCUGUAAAUAAAGGCCAUAUACACAAGUAUCAAUAUAUCAACAGUUGGUGCGAGUUCCACUAAACAUUACGGCAAACGUUACCAGACUAAAAAGUUCUGUUCUGUUGUAUGAUGUUUUUUAAUAAAUGAGAAAGAAAAAGGAAACAUCAGAAGCAUAAGAAAAGAACAAACCUGAACUGCGGCACCUAGGGCUACAACUUCAUCAGGAUUUACUGUCGCAUUGGGUUCUUUUCCAGUUAUCUUCCUCACAAGCUCCUGACCAGCUGGGAUACGAGUUGAACCGCCGACAAGUAUUACUUCAUCUAUAUCUUUGAAAGAAAUCUUUGCAUCUCUCAAGGCAGAUUCCACUGGUCCCCGUAGCCUAUGGAAAAGUAGAUUGCAGUUGUAAGCCACUUGAACUUAAGCAAGCAAGUAGACACCCGGAUUGCAGAAAUUCAUAAUCAUAAAA